GGAGAGAGAGAGAGAAAGAAAGUAGAAUGGAUGGUUUCUCGUCGGCUCACCGAACAUACGUGAGCAGCGGACAGAAUCGCGGGGUCGAAAGCAAGGCUCAUGCCGUCAGCAAUGUCUUUGUGGUUCGUUCCAACCCACCUCUCUCAACCUCAUCUGGGAUGUACCCGGGGAACAAGGUGGUUUCGUCGUACAAGUCCACAUCAUGGUUCAAUAGCCGUGAGUGGAAGAGAAAAAAAAGAGUUGCGAAAUACAAAUUGUAUGCUGUUGAAGGCAAGGUUAAGAGUUCUUGGAAGAAUGGGUUUCGCUGGUUCAAGCAUACGUGUAGGAAGAUUGUAAAUGGCUUCUAAAGGGUGGAAGAGGUGAUUAAAGAAGAGAGG